CUAAGCUGCACAGCUCCUUACAACUCAACUGAGCCUGUCUGACAGAGAGAGCAAGACAGCGUGUGUGUGUCCAUGUGUGUGUGUGUGUGAGACAUAGAGAGGCAUCCGAGAUGAGAGUGUGAAGCAGUGAGAGGGAAAACCUAGAAAGAACAGCAAAGGCAGUCAGAAAGGGGGAGGACGUCAGCCAGCACAGCCAAAAAAAAAAAAGAAGAAAAAAAAGGCAGAGCAGAUCAGAAUAAAAGAGAGGACGAGAAGAGGGGAGGGAGAUAAAGGGUAAUGUGAGUCUACUGUGUUUGAUGGUUCUGGCACCAAAGUCAAGAGACUGGCAAUGACUAGAUGACCAGCCACUACACACACCAGCAUCCUGUCCUGGAGCCUUGACAGGAGGGGACAAGAAAAAUCCCCACACACUCAAAGGCAAAACACUCUCUUCAAACAAUCCCACAUCCACUGGAUCAUGUCGUCUACUGGGUCAACCUACCACAACAAGCGACUGGCAUCGGAGACAGACAACACUCAGAGGGUGUUAGACAAUGAUUCUGCCCAGCACCUGAAGAUGCGGGAGAGACAGCGCUUUUUUGAAGAGGUCUACCAGCAUGAUGUAGACAACUACUUGCCCUCGUCUCACCUGCAGAUCGACUGCAGGAAACCUCCCAUGGGCAGCAUCUCAUCUAUGGAGGUAAAUGUGGAUGUCCUAGAGCAGAUGGACCUGAUGGACAUAUCUGACCAGGAGGCUCUCGACGUGUUUCUUAACUCAGGCUCUGGAGCAGACGAGGGAGCGCUGGCAUCCCCACUACCAGAGUGUGAGGACGAAGACGAAGAUGAGGAGGAUGAAGAUGCAGAGGUUGUCUACAGGGAACGUGCACCUUUGAAACAGCAAAAUGAUGUUUGCCGUGGCUCAAAGUCUCGCAUGUCCUCUACAUCGUCUGGCUCAAGUGACACCAGCGGGGCUGGAGUGGAUACACCCGUGAUCCAGUCGGACGAUGAAGAAGUCCAUGCUGACACUCUGCUGCUUACCUCUGUUCCCCAAACCAGGGAUGAAGAAACAGAGGAGGAAGAUGAGGAGGAAAGAUGCCUUUCAACUAAAUCCUCAUAAAAACUGAAUUUUACUGCACAGAGAGAGCAAAGGAGUCAGAGAUCUCUCUCUCGCUCCACAUUUGCAUUCCUUUCUUUUGGGGAGCGCCCUAGCAUGGUUGACCUGGCUGUGAUUUUCUGUAUCUUUUUGAAUGUUUUCUUGAGUACCUUGGCCUUUUCUUUACAACUUAAAAUGUACUCUAUUUUUCCUAGUAUCUGUUAAAUACUCUAAUUAGUUUCUUGAAGCUGUUGGUAAAAGUGUCCUGACAUUUCAGGCAAAUCAUAUAAGGCAUAUCAUCCCCAUGCACUAACAUGUUGUGGCUGAGAUAAAAUUAUUUGUUGGCUGAACCUUUGUUCCUCUCAUUGCCAGUUGGAAACUAACUGAAAGCACAGGUCCUGAGCAGCCACAUGGAGCCUGACGGUUGCACUACAUCUUUGCUUAGACUUUCUGGGUAAAGCAAAAGUAAAAAAAAAACUAAAACGGAGGGAAGUCAUACUGUAUUCACUGAACAAAUGCAGACAUGUACAAAGAAAAGGAAAAUCCAUGGCAUCUUUAUAAAAAAAUAAUGAAACUUUUAUUUUUACUUUUACUACACUUGAAUUUGAAUACCUUGGAUUUUCCAUGGGUUUAUUGGCAUUUAGAUUACAACAGAGAGCAGCCGCCUCUCCAGAGCUAUACCAGACCACCACAUCAAACCGCGGUGAGCUAUUUAGUCUAUUUUUUCAUGGUUAUGCUUUUUUUUUUUUGUCUGCUCGGUGACAAUUGCUUUGAGCAUUCAAAACGUUAAGACUUCAAACUGACAGCUCUUGACUGCACGGCUUUAAAGGCCACAUGUGACAGGAUUGUGCAUCUUCAUCUUGUGUUGUGUUGUGAGGAUCAACAUGAGGCAGAAAUGAGGCACAGUGAGCAAAACCCAACAAAAGGUUUCAUUCCUCCAACACUGUAAUCAGUCAUCGAUUUGCCAUGUGCAUGUGCAAACUAUUUACAGUAUCAUGAAUGGAACCGUGUUUGUAAAUGCAUGCCAUUUUCUUCUUGUUAGUGACGACGUUAUUUGAUUUCAACUCUGUAACUAAAAAAUGUUUCAUUACUGAUCUAUGCAGGUGAUACCUGUAGCGAAAGCAACAUUUUCAUCCAUGCAGGAAUUGACUUGUUUGUUUACAUACAGUGUAUAACACAUGUUCAUAUGGGUGUGUCAAUAUAUGGGCGUGUGAAUGUCGAUGGUCAACAUUACAAAACAAUCUUUUUACAGUGUCAGUCAUGAUGUAUAUUUCUUACCUGUCUGAACAUCUUGUCAUGAACUAAAAAAAAUAAACCACAUGGUGUGUUUA